AUGCAGCAUCCCCUUUGGUCGCUGUCCGCCCUGUUACUAUGCUGCCUCCCGUUUGGAGCCGUAUCACAACUGAGCACUCCAGUAGCUCAUAGCAGUCAGCCGGCUGUGGAUGCAGCCAACAAGUACCGCAGCCGGAAGGCGGACAUGGACAAGGAGGGGGACAUCCAGCACGAAGGCCCCGUUCCGGGCGCCAGCCGCUGUGGCCGCCACCGCCUGGACCUGACCUGGAUGAGUGAGGCCACCAGCUCGGUGUACGCAACACCCCUCAUCACGGACUUGCACGGCGACGGCAGGCGGGACAUCGUUGUGCCCUCAUUCGUACACUACUUGGAGGUGCUGGAGGGUCCAAAUGGAGGUCAGGCGGUGGGUUGGCCCGCCUUCCAUGCGUCCUCCGUGCACGCCUCACCGCUGCUGUACGACAUUGACUUUGAUGGUGUACGGGAUAUCAUGCUGGCAACGUACGACGGUCAGAUCAUGUUUUUCAAGGACACGGGAGAGAAGAUGCUCGAGGGACUGCAGAUUAGCCGACUACGUGUGCGCAAGGACUGGUAUGUGGGUCUGGACCCCAAGGACCCGUUCGACCACUCCCAUCCGGACGUGAGCGACGGUGAUGGCAACGGCCAGUUGCGAAACAGCAGCAGCGGCGGUGGAGGAAGAGGAGGGGAAGGAGGGGGCCCCGGUGGCAAGACGCAGCAGCAGCAGCAGCAGCAGGGGGUAGGUAGAGGGGACUCCACCCCCUCCGGCAUCAGCGGUGGUGAAUCUCAACGGACUGCAAGCAUGGAGGAUCGUGUGAAGAGGUUUGUGCGCCAGAUUACCGAGUACAGGGCAAAGUACGGCGACCUAGCGGCUGACAAGCUGAUGGAGGAGGCCCGGGCCACCAACGUCAUAUUUUACGACUUGGUUGUGGCGGCGCUGAAGCAGCAGCUUUUGCAGCAGGAGCUGGGGGAAGGCGGGAAUGGCACCAGCAGCGGCAGUAGCGGCAGCAGUGGUGGAGGCGGAGCCAGCCCCUCGCCGUCGCUGUCGCCGCCGCCGCCGCCGCCGGUACAGCAGCAGGCGACGAUUACUGCUAGCCCUGCCAGUCGGCGCCGGCUAAUGCAGCUCGCGGACGGGGGCGAUGCCGUCAGUGGCGCCGCGACCGUUGAGAUGGGCGGCGCCGGCGAGGCCGUAUCUCAGGAGGCCGCUGAUUCCUUCCAAAUCUUCGAAGACAACCCUUACGCAGACGUCCUUGGCGAUAAUGACAUCGUCGACUUUGACCAGCAGCAACAGCUGCAACAAGUGCAGGACGAUGACAGUGGUGUUGGUGAUGGCGGUGAUGAUGGAGCGGACUCGGGUGGUGAGUUUGACGGCGGGGAGUUUUCCGACGGCGGGUUUGAUGCGGGUCGCGGUCAGGCGGAUGAUGCGGAGGCGACGAUGGACCUGGGGGCCGCCGCUGGCGGCGGCGGUCUGGAGUCCUUCCUGGGGAGGCUGGAGUACGACGAGUUUGGGGAUUUGGAGAGUACGGCAGAGCUGCGGGAGAGCGAUGCGGCGCUGCAUGAGCACGGAGAUGACCCCCGGGCUGCCAACCCUGACGAGCUCCAAGUGGACAGCUACCGGCACCUGUACCUGGGGGACUACCACGGGGGGUCCAGGGCGCAUGGGGGCUGGGGGGAGGAGGACUUCGUGCAGUCCGGGCACCCAGACGCCGCCGGCGGGUACGUGUAUGUGGACCCGCACGUCAUGACCACGCCCGCCAUAGCCGACAUUGACGGGGACGGACACGACGAGCUCGUACUCGCCGUGUCGUACUUUUACGACAGGGAGUACUACGACGACCCAGAUCACGCCAAGGACCUCAAGGGUAUUGACUUGUCCAAGUAUGUGGCCAGUGGUGUGGUGGUGUUGGAUUUGCGUACUCGCUCUGAGAAGUGGGUCCAGCAUCUGGACCUGUCGACGGACACGGCCACGUACAAGGCCUACGCCUACUCCUCCCCCACCUUGGUGGACAUCAACGGGGAUGGCAAGCUGGAGGUGGUGGUGGGGACGUCUAUGGGCUUCCUCUACGUGCUGGAUCACAAGGGCGACCCCGUGCCUGGGUGGCCCAUUCAGAUGGGGGAGAUCCAGGCGCAGCCGCUGGUGGCCGAUAUUAACAACGACGGAGACCUGGAGAUAUUCAUUUCCGACAUGCGCGGCAACAUGGCUGCCUUCAACGUGAAGGGUGAGGAGGUGUGGGAGCGCCACGUGAGGUCGGCGGUGUCGCAGGGCGCGGUGGCCGGGGAUAUCGACGGUGACGGGCAGCUCGAGGUGGUGGUGGGUACGGCAAGUGGCUACAUCUACGCGUUGGCGGGAUCUACAGGUGUCCCGAUUCCCAACUGGCCGUACAGGGCGAGGGGCAGGAUCCAGGCCGCGCCCACCAUCACCCACCUUGUCGAGGGCACUGGAAUGCAGGUGGUUGUUCCCGCAUUCGACGGGUUCCUGUACGUGGUGGAUGGAUUGCAGGGAUGUGCCGACGUAGUCGACGUGGGCGAGACGUCGUACGCAGCCGUACUGGUGGACGACAUUGACGGCGACGGCGCGUUGGAGCUGGUGGCCACCACCAUGAACGGCAACGUGUACGCCUUCGAGACGGGGUCACCGUACCACCCGCUUAAGACGUGGACUUCGCAGGUGAUGGGCCCCAACGGUCAGGUGGCCCGGUACGGCUAUGCGGGGAUCUUCGCCACCCCCUCCAGCAGGCGGCCCAGGGACGUGGCCGGGGAGAGGCUGCAGGUCCAGUUCGAGGUGGUGGACAAGAGGGUGGCCUUCGCGGACAACGGCACUCUGCUACCGGGGGGCAGGGGGCCGUACAACGUAACGGUGGUGCUCAAGGGUGUGGGGGUGCGGGAGAUGGCAGCUGGCGAGGCCCCGGUGGUGGGGGUGGCGGACUCCUUUCCCGGCCCUGGCCGCUACUCCGUGGAUAUCCCCUGCCCCAAGACACAGCAGUCUUCGAUUGGCUUCUCCGUUGUGUAUAGAACCUCCUGCAUCACCAAUCCAAAUCUGGUUCAUAUAUCCAAAUCCAAGGUUAAAAUUCGCUUUUCAAAUUCAAAUGUUCAAAUUACUUCGCUUCAGGCCUCCGCGGUUGUGCGGUUGGAGCUGGUGGACGGUUCUGGGCUGCUGUACUCGGACGAGUUCGCGCUGUCCUUCCACAUGCACUUCCACCGGCUGCUGAAGUGGGUCAUUGCGCUGCCGCUGGGGCUGAUGAUGGCGGUGCUGCUGGCGGUGUCGGGACCGCAGCGCUCUCACGCUGCGUGA